UGACAGCCCUCGUCGCAAGUGUCAUCACCUUGACGACGAUUUCCAUCGACCGCUUCUUCGCCGUGUUCUGGCCGCUAAAAGUCCGCAUCACGCAACAGCGAGCAUCCAUCGUCAUCGUCGCCACCUGGCUUCUCGCGGCGGCGACAUCGUUCCCGCUGCUCAUCUACAGACAAUACAAGGAGAUCCACUGGCUGGACUACGUCGAGCGAGUUUGCUGGGAGAAGUGGCCGAGUACGCCCGUGUACGAUGAAAGCUGUCGGCUGGUGGGAUCGGCGCAGAACGAGCGGGCGGCCUACUACACGUUCAUGACGAUAGCUCUGUUCUUCUUCCCGAUGAUCGUCAUCACGCUGGCGUAUAGUCUGAUCGUAUGGAAGCUGUGUGUGUCCAUCGUGCCCGGAGAGCAGCAUAGCAACACGCUGCAGCUGCAGGCGCGCGCCAAGCGGAAGCACGACAGCAUGACAGCAGUGACAGCACGACAGCGUGACCGCAGUGACAGCAGUGACAUCACGACAGCACGACAUCAUGACAGCAUAACAGCAUGA